AUGAAGCUCGGAUUCGCAUCUUUUGUAUCGGCGGCGGUUGCUGCAUCCACUAUCGCUGGCGUCGCCGCGGACUGCCCGGACUUUACAACUUAUGCACAGAGUCCGCAAGGUGAUCCGUCAUCUGGGCCCUUGGCACUGCCGUACAUGCGGCCGUCUCCCGAGUGCCGUACAUUCAACAGCACCGCGGUGGAGAAAGUCAUUACGGACAUGAAGGCCCGGCUCAAGGACCCCGACUUGGCGCGUCUGUUUGAGAACACGUUCCCGAACACGCUUGAUACCACUGUCAAGUACUUCAACGCUACUGAAAACUUGGCCUUCAUUAUCACGGGCGAUAUAACUGCUCAAUGGCUACGUGACACUGCGAACCAGUUCGCGCACUAUCACACACUGCUGGGUCAGGACAAAGAGCUUGCGACACUCGUCAAGGCUGUCAUCAACAACGAGGCACGUUAUGUUUCUCAGUACCCGUACUGCGGUGCCUUCCAGCCUCCUCCAGAGAGCGGUCUGCCACCCUCACACAACGACUGGGCUGACGGCGUCACCGUAAACCCGCCCGUCAAUAACCAGACCGUCUUCGAGUGCAAGUAUGAGAUCGACUCGCUCUGCGGGUUCCUGAAACUAUCCCGGUCGUACUACCAGGCGACGAACGACUCGUCGUUCAUAAACGCGAACUGGUUCUCCGCCAUUGACGCGAUUUUCAACGUCAUUUGGGAGCAGUCUCAGCCGACGUUCGACAAAGACUUCAACCUCAUCUCAUACUACAACUGGACCGGCGGCAAUGGUGCGCUCUCGCCUGCUGUGCCCAACGGCGGCAACAAUGCACCUAGGGCCUAUACUGGCUUGGUCGGCACUCAUCACCGUCCCUCGGAUGACAUCAGCGUUUUCUCGUUCUUGACUCCUGCGAAUGCAAUGCUGAGUGUCGAGCUCACGCAUCUUGCCGAUGUCCUCGACGCAACUCACCAGGCGAAAAAUAUAAGCAAGCUCGCUCGUCAGUACAGUUCCACAAUUACUAAGGCGAUCUGGGACCACACCCUUGUGAACAACGUCUUCGCCUACGAGACCGACGGUUUCGGAAGCAGAUACGUCAUGGACGACGCGAAUGUUCCUUCUCUUCUCGCCCUGCCCUACCUCGGCUUCCUCAACAAGACCCACCCGGCGUACCAAGCAACCCGCAAGGUGGUGUGGUCGCGCGCUAACCCUUAUUACGCCGCCAGGAACUUCAGCGGUGUUGGCGGUCCGCACGUUGAUGCUUGGAACCCGUGGCCGAUGUCCCACAUCUCGGCCAUCUACGGCACAGACAGCGACUCCGAGAUCCUCAAUUCUUUGUAUACGAUCGCAAACAACACUGGUGGCCUCGGUCUCAUUCACGAGUCCAUAUCCAUCUACGACGGUACAUACACCCGCCCGUGGUUCGCGUGGGCGAACAGCUACUUCGCCGAGAUGCUCCUUGACCUCGCGCAGCGCAAGCCUCACCUGAUCUUCACGGACGGCAAGCCGUACACGCCCGGCCAGUGA